AUGGGUUUCUGUGGUAAUCUUGAUUUCCUCGCUACUCUUCCGGGGAAAGGGGAAGUAGCUUCGGAAGUUGAACCAGUGAUUCAGGUUGAGGAAGAUUGUAGCGAUGAGGAGAUGGAUGUCGAUGAACUAGAAAGAAGGAUGUGGAGGGAUCGAAUGCUUUUAAGGCGACUUAAGGAGCAGAAGAAGAACAAGGAGACAGUUGAUGAUAAUGCGAAGCUGCGUCAGUCUCAGGAGCAAGCGCGGCGGAAGAAAAUGUCUCGGGCACAAGAUGGAAUCCUGAAAUACAUGCUGAAGAUGAUGGAGGUUUGUAAAGCUCAGGGUUUUGUGUAUGGAAUCAUCCCCGAGAAAGGCAAACCUGUAACAGGAGCAUCUGAUAAUCUUCGCUCAUGGUGGAAGGAAAAAGUUAGGUUUGAUCGAAAUGGUCCAGCUGCAAUUGCCAAAUACCAGGCAGAGAAUUCAAUCCCAGGGAAAGUUGAGGAAGCAAGUAUAGCAUCCUCGACUCACACGCUGCAAGAGCUCCAGGACACUACGCUCGGCUCACUUUUGUCGGCUCUGAUGCAACACUGCAACCCCCCUCAGAGGCGAUUCCCUCUGGAGAAGGGUGUUCCCCCGCCUUGGUGGCCUACUGGAAAAGAGGAAUGGUGUUCUCAAUUGGAUUUGCCAACCGAUCAAGGGCCACCUCCGUACAAGAAGCCUCAUGAUUUGAAAAAGGCCUGGAAAGUCAGCGUUCUCACAGCCGUGAUCAAACACAUGUCCCCUGACAUUGCCAAGAUCCGCAAACUUGUCCGGCAGUCCAAAUGCCUACAGGAUAAGAUGACAGCUAAGGAAAGUGCAACUUGGCUUGCUAUUAUUAACCAAGAGGAGGCUUUAUCCAGAAAACUAUAUCCUGACAGCAUUCCACCACCAUCCUUGGCUGGUGGGAGUGGGUCGUAUUUAAUCAGUGAUACCAGUGACUAUGAUGUUGAAGGAGUGGAAGAUGAUGGUAACAUUGAAGUGGAAUGUAAGCCCUGUGAUACGAAGCUUUUCAACUUGGGGACAGCUGCACCUAGGGAUGAGCACAUGAUGCCUCUCUUAGCUCCGAUCAAGGGAGAGAUUUUUGACGUUGAUUUGGAUUUUAUUCCGAAGAGGAAACAGAUAACUAAUGAAGUGCACAAUGAUCAGAAGAUGUUUACGUGUGAGUUUCCUCAAUGCCCCCACAGUGAUCACCGUAUGGGAUUUAACGACCGGACAUGGAGAAACAAUCACCAGAUGAAUUGUCCAUACCGUUCCAAUUCUUUUGAGAGGCUUAACACACCAAGCUAUCAAAAUAACAAUGACAAGCCAUCGGGAUUCUCCAUCCCUUCUGCACAAAAGGAGGCAUUUUCCCUGCCGGCAAAUGUGGAUGUUUCCGGCCUUGGAAUUCCCGAAGAUGACCAAAGGAUUAUUUCUGAGCUUCUGUCAUUCUACGAUAACAAUCUUCAGCAAAACAGUAGCUUCGACGCUGGGAAUCUCAACAUUCUAGAAACUCAAAAUUCGCAGCAGCAAGCGACACAAGUUCAACAAGAUGAGUACUUCAUUACACAGACUAGCAUGCCCUUGAAUAAUUCUGCUUUCCCACCAACAGAACUCCAGUUCGAUGGGUGCAAACCUUCAUACAGUUCCCCUUCCAAUGGCAAUGCAAACGAGAAUAUUUCUGAUUUCAGGUUUGGUUCACCUUUCAACUUCACACAAGUUGACUACUCCAUGGACCCAUUAUCAAGGGAGGAUGACUCUCUGUGGUUCGUCUAA